AUUCUGUGUGAACUCAAUUGAGGUUUUCUGUGUGAUCAAUUGAGAAUAAUUCUGUGUGAACUCAAUUGAGGUUUUCUGUGUGAUCAAUUGAGAAUAGUUCUGUGUGAGCUUUUUCUGUGUGAACUCAAUUGAGGUAUUCUGUGUGAUCAAUUGAGAAUAGUUCUGUGUGAACUUUCAAAAACAAUUCUGUGUGAGGGUACCCAAGAAAAAUCAUGAUUAAAAAAAUUUUUAUUAAAAAUAAUAUUUGCUGGACAAAUAUGAGAAAAUUACAGGAAAGAGAUAAAUCAAAUAUGGAAACACAUCCCAACCUUGGGUUGGAAAAUUUUAUGGAAUAUAAAUUUAUUUGUACAAACCUGUAAACUACCAUACUCAGUAAUGAACAAAUGAGGUAAAGGCAAGCCCAGUAUAGGUCAAAUAAAAUAUAAAAGAAGGAUAAAAAGUAAAAGAUGUGAAAAUUUUUAGAGAAUUUUAUUAAAAUGGAAUGGUACCAUGUUUGGAACGCUGAAUAUAUAAACCAUAAACAAGAACAUGACCUAGGAGUGAUAGAACCAGAGGAAUGUUUAGCAUGUGAAAUAUGUAACCCAAUAGAAAGAGAAGUAUCAGCGGCAUUCAAGAAAUUUUGGGAUGCUUUGUUUAAAUUCGAGGAUACAAUACUAAUGUACAAUAAUGUUACACAUAAAGAAUUAUUGAAUUUAUUAAGUAUGGACAAUAGAGAAAGGGAGGAUACAAUACAUAAAGGAAAAUGUAGGAAUAUAGUAGAUAGAAUAAUUGAAUCAAUAAGGUACAGACAACAACCAAAAAUGAAAGAAAAAGGUUUAAGGAUAAUAAUUGUAGUAAUUGUAAGGGAUUGUAUUGAAGGAUAUUUAGAAAAUGAAGUAUUUGACCGUUUAAUUGGAUGUCCAGAAAUAAUGGAACAUGGAUACAUUUUAGAAGAUUGGGAUGUUGAAAAUAGAUUUCAAAAAUUUUGGGAUUGGUAUAACACGAUAUUGGAAAAUGAAAUGAAAGCAAUACAUGUUAAGAAGUUAGCAAUAAAGUUAUUCAGGGAUUUAUUAUAUGAAGAAACAGAAGAUCUGUUGAGGAGUGAAAAGGUAGUUGAAUUAAUACUCCAGAUAGAACACCAGAAUAGAUGUGAGGCAUUCACUCAAGAAGGAAAGGAUGCAUGGAAGAGAUUGAUACAGAAAGUAAGUCAAAGAUUUAUUGACACCAAACAAUUUACAAGGGAACCUGAGGACCCAGAAAGUGAUAGUCCUGAAAGUUAUGAAUUAGAGGACAGUGAUGGUAGUAUACAUUAUGAAAUAAAAAUAGAGGAUGAUGUCGAAUGGACAGUGGAAUCAUUAAAAAGAAAAAUUGAAGAAAUGGGUGGAAGGUUCACCGACAAAGAUAUACAAAGAAUGUG